GUGUGUGUGUGGAGGGGAGGAUCCUCACUCUCUUAAAGCCGGGUCAGAACGAGGGAGAUCGGCAGAGCUGAGAGUGAGAGGCACUGAGGAGGGAACACACACACUUUGACUGACUCUUAGACACACACACACACACACACACAUACACACACACACACAGACACACACACUCACACUGACAAAGACAAGUGGCCUAUUGUACACACACAAACAUUCACACACACACAGCUGCAGAUCAUUGUAACACACACUAAAACACACUUCAUUGGACUCUGGACCGACCACUCGAGGAUACAUCUCUAAGGACUCUGUUUCCCAUCAUGCACCAACGGAGCCACUCAGAGCUCCAGGGGGUCUCCACCGGGCGGGGGGCCCCGACCCAAAGGACUAUUCAGGAUCGAGCCUCAUGGAGCUCCAAGCCGAGGAGCCGAGGACACCCGCGUCUCUGCCCGCAGAGCGGAGCCCAUCUCUGGGCAUGGCUUCUACUGGCGGCCCUGGUGGUUCCAGGAGCCUGGAGCUAUCUGAGCGAGGAGCAGGAGGAGCUGCUGGUGGAGCUCCAUAACUUCUACAGAGGACAGGUUUCACCCAGCGCCUCGGCCAUGAUGCCUCUGAAAUGGGACCCGAACCUGAAGGUGAUCGCCGAGGGUUACGCCGCGCAGUGUGUCUGGAGCCACAACCCAACGCUGGGCGACACCGGAGAGAAUCUGUUCGCCGGCACCGGGCCUCUGGACCUCCGAGUGGCCAUGGAGAAAUGGUUUCUGGAACGUCAGGACUAUGAUUUCGCCAACAACAGCUGUGAUGAAGAUAAGAUGUGUGGACACUACACACAGAUGGUGUGGGCAGACACACACAGAGUCGGCUGUGCGUUUCAUCUCUGCAGCAGCAUGGUCGGCCUCGGCUGGGAGAGAGUUUCCUUCCUCGUCUGCAACUACUACCCAGCAGGUAACUAUGAAGACGUGAGGCCGUACGUUGAAGGUGAUUGGUGCUCCAGAUGCCCCGAGAACUUCCAGAAAUGUGAAAACAACCUCUGUGUUGCUGAGACGGUGGACUACGGCGAUGAGGUCAUGGACGACGACGACGUGGUUAGUCCUCUACCGCCUACAGACGUCCCCACCUCCCAGCCUGAAGACGAGGAAGAGGAGACGGUCCUUCCUCCUCUGGCUACAUCUGAUCCCUCCAUCCAGCCUGAAGAGGAGGAGGAGAAGGAGGAGGAGGAGAAGGAGGAGGAGAAGGAGGUUGUUCCUCCUCCUGCUGCCACCACUCCUGCCAGUAUUCCCAUUACCACCAUCACCUCCAUAUUAGAUGCUGAAACACCCAACACCGACCCGAGCACCCCACCUCCAGGAGUCCCCUCGACUACAGAGGAACCUGUGGAGGAGGAGGUGAAGGAGGAGGUGGAGGAGGAGGUGAAGGAGGAGGUGAAGGAGGAGGUGAAGGAGGAGGUGGUGGAGAAGAGAACGGAACCUACAGUUAGGAUGAAGAAGGGAACAGACAUAGGAGUAACGAUACAGCAGAGCGGUGCUGGUUCCGUGAGUCCGGGCUCGCUGCUGCUCGUCUGCCUGACGCUGGUGCAGACGCUGUGAGGCCGGGGUUAGCGUAGCUUAGCAUAAAGACUGGAAGCAGGGGGAAACAGCUAGCCUGGGCUCUCAGGCUCCCUCUAGUGGUACAUGGAGGAAUCACUAAAUAUGAAUUAAACAAAUUAAUUUAAAAACAUCAAAAUAAGAAAAAAUAAAAUAAGAGUUUUUCAGCUGUUCAUCUUACCAUGGAUGUGUACUUGUACUAUGUACGAGUACACAGGCUGAUACUGAAACCUGCUACAGGAAACGCUAAACUUAUUUUAAAUGACACGCAGUGACGUCAGAGUUCACUCUUGUUACAGACUUUGCAGUAUUUACAGAAGCCCCGAGCAGUCGUGUGUUUAUACAUUUUAUUUUCUUCCAUUUUCUCGUGAUAACGAGUUAAUUUAAUUUGUCUUCUCGACAUCUCGAGUUAAUUUAUUAUCAUGUUGCAAUAACAAAUGUUUUUACUCCAAGAUAACGGGAUCAUCUCCUCGAGAUCUCCUGACAUAACGACAUAAUCAAUACGAUAUCUGGAUGGUGUCAGAGGAGCAUUUCAUACACUGAAGUAUCUCGUGUUAAUCAUGCCGUGAUCUCGGGAAAAUGAUCCCGUUAUCUGAGGAGAACGACAUUUGUUAUUUCAACAGAAAUAACUGGAGACGUCGUGAAAAUGGAGGAAAUAAAACGUAUGGAUGUGUGACCGCUGACGGCCUCCAUAGAAUCUACAUCACUUUAAUGAAUUAAUUCACAGAUUGUUCCGCGUGCCAUCAGUGAUCUGAGCAGGAUAUUUCUUUCUUUGGUUUCACUGCGAUCACUGAGGCCACGCCCAUGUUCAGGAUCCAGCACGCGAAGCUCUGAUUGGUCGACUGUUUGUCCAGAUGUUGUAGACAGAUGUCACUGAGCUCUGAAACCAGGCUAACCGUUUCCCUUUGCUUCCAGUCUUUGUGCUAAGCUAGGCUAAUCCCGCCCUGCAUCUUACUUGGACUGUCAGCACAUAACGAGUUCCCUCACUGUGUUUCAGCUGUUUCAUGACAUGAAGGCGUGCUCGCAGUAACACGGCGAUAACACCGAAGCUUUCCACCCAACACGUUUGAUGACAGACGCAUUAAAAAGUUUAACUCACCUGUUUGUUGCUCUGACGCCUCUUCAUGCUCCGUCAGUGGAUCUCUGAUCUGCAGAGUGAAGGUGGUAAAGAUUUAAAUAUACAGAACGAACGCCGCGUCACUCUUUGUUUGUAGUGUUAGUACAUUCUUCUUCUUCUUCUUCACAAAUAUAUAUCUGUGACUGUACGUCAUAUACUCAGACUGGAACUACAACUGGAUAAUGAUUUACAUAGCUCUGUUACACUGUCGUAGAAAACAGGAAAUUACCGUAACUAUCUACAAUUACUUUAGCAAAAGUUGCUGUAAAUGUCUGUAUAUAAGAUUAAUAAAGAAAUAAACCUUAUUUCUUCUUUUUGACGA